GUAUCAGAAGGGGUCUUUCGUCAAAAUGUUUCUGAAGAAUCAGUUGGGAUUCAAGGAUGAGUCAAGGUUGAAACCAUACGAGACGCCUGAAGAAUAUGAUCGAGCUCUCGCUAGUGGUGAGGUCGCUGCUAUCUUUGAUGAAAUCCCCUACGUGAGGCUCUUCCUCUCAAAAUUCGGCUCCAAGUAUGCUAUGGUGGGGCCAACCUACCAAACUACUGGUCUCGGCUUCGCAUUUCCACCAAAAUCUCCGUUGGUGUCUUAUUUUUCGAGGGCAAUCCUAAAUGUGACCCAAGAUGAAGAAAAAUUUGAAAGGAUUAAGGGCAAGUACUUCUCUGUCGGAAUCAUAUCUGAAAGCGAAAGGGGAUCAUCAAUCCCAAACAGUCCCGUUAGUCUAACUGUAUCCAGCUUUGGAGGGCUUUUCAUCAUCACAGGGGUCACUUGUGGGAUUUCACUUUUGUUCUAUUUGUUUAAGUUUGGGUACUCUCGGCUAGAAGGAAGAUCUCUUUGGUUGUUGCAGUUAAAGGCUCGAAUAGUGAAGUGCUUGGAUCAAAAGAAUAGGUCUUUAUCUUUGAACAGAAGCAAUCCAGAGUAUACCCUGCAAGUAAUAUUGUAGAGGGAGGUAGUGACAGCAUUCAAUGUGAGCAUCAGUCAUCAUAGCAAGAAACCGAGAGAAAAGAAAGAGAAUAAGCAUAAGGAAUUGAGUUUCAUAGAAACUGUGACUUGUAUCAUUCUUCAUCUGAAAGACUCUGUUUCAAGGUCCAGGCAAUGCCUGUGUAUGUAUAGGAUACCCAGCAACAACAUUAUCCAUAUCUUAUU